UCGCAAUUAGCUCGAAUUGAUCCGGAGCUUGCCAGGCAAGCGAGCGAAACAACGCUUGCCUACCUGACUCGAGUCCGCCAGAAGAUGCCAUCACUUCCGGUCCCAUUAAUCCAACGCAUUGCUUAUAUGCAUGAAGCUGCACGUUUCCGGCCACAGGUUACUUUUUAUGCUUGUCUCAAGAUGAAUACACCGAUUCCUCUAGUUUCAUAA